AUGCGAAACGUUUUGAGCGGCAAUAAGUUACGUGUCACCGGCUAUCAUCAGACGCCUUCCGUUCGACUUCCGUUCAAGCUGCGCAGCCUCGACGCUUGGACAAUGGGUCCCAAUACCGACUCGACAUCGUCGGUCGUUCCACCAGUGGAAAAUCCGAGAGAAUGGAGCACACGUAAAAAGACGAGGGUGACUCUGAUCCUCGGCUCAAUGGUCCUCUCCUACACUUACCUUUCCACAUCGUUUGCGCUGUCGGCCACCUCACUGCAGCGUCGCUUCAACACUGGCGCCGAAGUCAUUACGCUCGGCCUCUCGCUCUACGUUCUUGGUGCCGGCUGCUUCGUCAUAUCCGAUUCCGACAAUCUAGCAACGAUUCUUGUCUUCCGACUGCUCAGCAGCAUUGCGGGAGCGUCCGCACUCAACAAUGUCCCGGCAUCCUACAGCGACAUGACUACACCGCCAAAAUACGCGCCCUUCUUCACCUGCUACGGCUUCUCGGCAUUCGCUGGUCCCGCUCUAGGUGGACUUGUGGGUGCCUUCGUCAACGAGCGCGCGGGAUGGCAGUGGAACCUUCGACACCAGGCUAUAUUCGUUGCCGUCGUUACGGUGAUCAGUAUCCUUUUUGUGCCCGAGACUGAUCAUCCGAGGCUCAAGAGACUUCACGACGCCAAGUACGCAGCGCGGGAUGUCAGCGAUGGGACUGACGACAAAGCCGCAGUGUCUCGUGCAUCGCGUGCUGGUAGCGCCGGGCGGUCGCUUGGUCACACCAUCUCUCGAUCCUUGAAACUGCCUUUCCAAUGGCUUUUCACUGACCGAGUAGUGCUGGUCAUCUCGAUCUACACCUCGCUAUUGUACGCCAUCAUUUACGACUUUUUCGUCAUCAUCCCAUUCGCAUUUGCCUCCAUCCGCGGGUUCAGACCUGAAUCGAUCGGCUUGAUCUACAUCACCCUCUUCCUGGGAUUCUCGAUCGCCGCUUGUAACUACCUGUUCGUACAGGAGGCCAUCAAUCGACGCAUUCGUAAAAAAACCGGCAAGAAGAUGCUACCGCCAGAGACCUCGCUCAUCCAUGCCAUCUACGGAUGCUCGCUUGCUCCCGUAGGGCUCUUCCUCUUUGCAUGGACGGUGCCCUUUACGCAUGUCCACUGGAUCGUGCCCGCCAUCGGCAUCGUGCUGCUUUGCGCUGGAUCGAUGUCAGCUUUCACUUCACUGAUCCCGUACUUGGUGGCGUACGGAGGACCUUCAGCUCCCAGCGUGUUGGCAGCGGCAGGAUUCUGUCGUUCGGCAUUGGCUGCUGCACUGCCCCUGUUCACGAGACAAAUGUGUCAAGGCAUCACUGUGCAAGGGGCAACGAGUCUGCUAGGAGGCCUAGCGCUGCUUUUGACGCCGCUGCCGCUGUUGCUUUACAUCCACGGCGGGAAGCUGAGAGAGCAUGUCCGGCAAAGGAAGGAAGCGGCCGCAGCCGCCGGAGCAGCAUCGAACGCAUCAGAGGGUGCUGCAUCUGAUAAACCUAUAGAGAGCAACAAAGAGGCGGCUGUAGGAGCACGGAUUCCGCCAGGUGGGGCCGUGGAUCACCAAGUCUCCCGUUCUACUGCCGAUGCAGCAGGCCAAUAA